AUGGUCGAUGUCGUUUAUGCCACUACCGUGCCCCCGGACAUCGUGGGCAGCGAGAGCAGCUCUGACGUGCUGGUGCGCGAGGGUUCCAACGUGACGCUGUCUUGCCGAGCCAAGGGCUACCCGGCGCCCCGCAUCACCUGGCGACGGGAGGACGGAACACCCAUCGCCGUCGGAAACUGGCAGGAGCAGCUGGGAUCUGCGGCAGACAACGUAUCUUACGAAGGUGAAGAGUUGAGCAUUACCAAAGUGAGCCGUCUCCAUAUGGGACCCUACUUGUGCAUCGCAUCCAAUGGCGUCCCAUCGCCCGUCAGUCGCAGGAUCCUACUGCAAGUGCAUUUUCCGCCGAUGAUCUGGAUUCCCAACCAGCUCAUCGGAGCCCCGCUCGGCGGUGAAGUGGUAAUGGUUUGCAACACGGAGGCGUAUCCGAUAUCGAUCAACUACUGGACUCUGGAGAGCGGUGACCUCAUCGCGGAAUCUGCCAAGUAUUCGCUCAAUCGAACUGAGAAUGUGUACAAGGUCCACAUGAGGUUGCACAUUAGCCGCAUCGCACCGGAAGACUUCGGCGCAUACCGAUGCUUUGCCAAGAACUCGCUGGGCUCUACUGAGGGUUCCAUACGACUGUACGAAAUUCACGUUCCGCCAACAGCAAAGGUCAAAGAACCAUCAACAGCAAGGAUACAGAGCGUUGAAGGGUCAGCGUCGCAUUCAACGCGUCCAAGCGCCGCUUGCACCUUCGCCUGGAUAAUGAGGUCGUUGGCAUCGCUGACAGUGCUGCUGCGUGUGACGUGA